AUGUGGGCCUCCGGUGGCGUGGGACUGCUGGUGGAUAGGACCGAGGACAGGACUGGAGGGCAGAGGAGUGUAGCGGAAGUUGUGUUUGUGUUUCCGGAAGACGCUCAGACCUCCGUCCCAUUGUUUUGCCUUUUAGCUCGUGAUGAGGACGGCGGAGUAAAAGGCGCCAGUGUUUGGUGUCCUUCCAGAGAGAAACAUCCCAAACUGCUGCAUGAGGUUUUCAAACCUGAAACGGAGCUACAAAGAGCAGCUCGGGGAGAAGUUGAGGAGAGACACUUCAACAUGGACUCUGAGAGGAAACUGUCAGCUGGCCAGCAGAGAGCUUUACCUACAGAUGUCCAGAAAGUGAUUGUUGGUGAAGAACAUCAGCAGGAGUGGAGCUCCAGUCUGGACCAGGAGGACACAAAGCCCCCCCACAUUAAAGAGGAACAGGAGGAGCUCUGGACCAGUCAGGACGAAGAGCAGCUUCAAGGGAUGGAGGAGGCUGAUAUCACCAAGUUCCCAUUCACUCCUGUCACUGUGAAGAGUGAGGAUGACGAAGAGAAACCUCAGAUCUCACAGCUUCAUCAAAGACAAACUGAAGAGAUGAAAACAGAAGCUGAUGGAGAGGACUGUGGAGGACCAGAACCAGCCAUGAAAUCAGAUCCAGGUGCACUUUUCCAACUGUCUAGCAGUGAUGCCACCUCACAAUGUUACAAACAAGAAACUGAAGUGGCUGAUGAUGACUGGAAUGAGACCAGAGAACAUCAGACAGGUUUGAACUCCUGGAAUAAUCCUGAAGUCCCGGUAAGUCGUGUCACUUGUAUUGCUGGUGAAAAACUGUCAAGCAGUCCUGAGUGUUGGGAAGGAUUUGCCUGCAAGACUCUUCUGAAGAAACGCACGAUUGCCGAAAAGAUUCUAUUUAGCUGCAGCAUUUGUGACCAAAGAUUCACCUGGUAUAAACAGCUCAGGAACCAUCAGUGUGUUGGUCGUCAGAGUCAAACUGAGGAGAACAGAGAGGCAGAGCCUUCAGCCAGCAGCUCAACUGAACAGAUUAAAACAGAAGCUGAUGGAGAGGACUGUGGAGGACCAGAACCAGACAUGAACUCUUCUGAUCCAGAGACUGAUGACAGUUAUGAUUGGAAGGAUACCAGAGAACCUCCGUCAGGUUUAAACUCUCUGAAUAAUGAUGAAGUCCCUGUCGGUGAUUCCAGAUGUAGUGCUGGUGAGAAUCAAAGUAGCUGCUCUGAGUGUGGGAAAAGAUGUGGCACCAAUGGAAAUCUGAAGAGACGCAUCAUAUCUCAUACAGGAGAGAAACCAUUUAGCUGCUCAGUCUGUAGUAAAUAUUUUGCAAGGAGACGACAUUUACAGACCCACAUGAGAAUCCACACAAGAGAGAAAUUCUUAAGCUGCUCGGUCUGUGAGAAAACCUUUACAGUGAGCGGAAAUUUACUUAAACACAUGAGAAUCCACACAGGAGAAAGACCAUUCAACUGCUCAGUCUGUAAGAAGGCUUUUACAGAGAGUGGAAGUUUACAUAAGCACAUGGCAAUCCACACAGGAAGGAGACCAUUUAGCUGCUCAGUCUGUAAGAAAGCCUUUUCAGUGAGUGGAAAUUUUCAUAGACACAUGAGAACCCACACAGGGGAGAAACCAUUUAGCUGCUCAGUCUGUAAGAAAGCUUUUACAGUGAGAGGAAGCUUAAAGACACACAUGAGAACCCACACAGGCGAGAAACCAUUUAGCUGCUCCGUCUGUAAGAAAGCUUUUACGGUGAGCGGCUAUUUACAGGCACACAUGAGAAUCCACACAGGAGAGAAACCGUUCAGCUGCUCCGUCUGUAAGAAAGCUUUUACAGGCAACGGAAGUUUACAGAAACACAUGACAGUCCACACAGGAGAGAAACCAUUUACCUGCUCCGUCUGUAAGAAAGCUUUUUCAGUGAGUGGAAGUUUACUGAGACACAUGAGAACCCAACACGUGAGAAACCAUUUAGCCAUGUAAGGUGGACCGUUAGUUUAGAAGGAGAGCAGAUAACCUCAGUCAGGUUUAAAAACUGAAAAUGAUUUGAAUACUUAAAAAGUGAUAUGAGAUGUAAUAUAACGUGGGUCUUAAGAAAUGCUUAACAAGUCUAAAAUCUUAUAGUUACAAUACGUUAGGCUUUAAAAUGUCUUAAAUGUUAUUCUGACAGGUCUUUAAAAUUUGAUUGUAUUAUGAAGUUGAGAUCCAUGGAACUCCAAAGAUAAACUUGUUCAUUUUUGCAACUAAAAAUGGACUUGAAAUGAAACAAACAGCCCAUCCAUGCAACCCCAGCCCUCUUCAAGAUGGCAGCUGUUUCCCGGCAGACUCUCCAGUCUCCACACCAGACUGUGGUGUACCGUUACCUCACCAUCCCUAUAAGGGCAACAACUACCAUUGUUCUUUCCUCGUCUCCAUUCCUUUGCUCCUGAAGGAGCGACGACUCUACUGCAUUCGUCUGGUGUACUCUACUGAAAGAGAACUGACGCAGAAACUCUUCUCUCGGAAAUGACACAAGUGCCUGCUUAGAGUGAACAAGUUAGAAUCACAGACUUUGGGGGGGGGAGAGUUGACCAGCUAGCAAGGACUGGCGCUAUCCGCUUCAAUCCUGCAGGAUUGGGAUAAAGCGCAUCAGAGAGUGCAUCAUUUGACCUCGAAACCACAAUUCUCCCAGCCUGGCUUUCUUACAAAGAUGAAACUGCCAGAUAACAAAGGAUUUCUUUCUGUGGUAGUGCUAUGGUAGCAGUAGCAUAGCAGCAGCAGUUAAGCAAAGCUCUUAACUGUUUUAUAACUUCUGUUAAUGUACAUAUGUAUUGAUUUGAUUUAAUGCCAAUCAGACCUAUAUAUAUUUUUGUAAUGUUUGUUUUAUUUGACUCAGGUAGAACGGGCCGUGAGGAGACUCAAGUCCCUCUUAAUAUUUUAUUUUAAUGUUUAAUAUGUUUGCACCUUUCACCAAGGCAAAUUCCACAUAGGUGUACUUCUAGAGCUCAACAGUCCCGUCCCUCCUCCAAGAGACCUGAGAGUUCCGGAAGUAAAUUUCCCAUUCAUUUCUCCCAUUGAUGUCUGGAAAAAUCCGUAUAUAAAGAGCUUUGGACCAUGCCUUAGGCUAACCAGCAACGACGUGACUCAUAAGCAUACAACAUAUCAUUUCGAGUGAAAAAACAAACAGAAAAUCGAAAAAAAAAGUCAAAGGUAAAAGACUGUACAUAUUUUCAUCAUCAAGCAAAAAAACUACUCCUCCAAUAAACCACCACGCACCACUGAAUAAAAGGAAGCUAACGUUAGUUUAGCUAACAGCUAAUUCGGCUAACCGCUAGCUGAGACGGCAUGAAAUAACUUUAAAAGGCCCUCAAAAUAAAACCUAAAAAUAACCAUUAAAACAGCAGUUACGUCAGUUGUAGCCUGCUUUUCCCAGUGUUUAGUUUGAGUUAACGUUAUCUUAGACUGAAUCAAGCGGUCAGCUAGCG